AUGCCAUCGUUUACUGAAACUCCUUCAACCUCUACCAACGAGGUAUCAAACUUCACUACGGCAAAUACCUCAAAUGAUCAAUCAACACAGACAGGACAGAAAUCCGAGGCUCAACUAGAGGCUGAUAGACUGUAUGAGGAGAGAAUUGAGGAGGAGUAUGCUAAGAGAGAAGGUGGUGCUUAG